UACACCGCAGCAGAAGUACGAACCGCGAUGCUCGGACUGCAGACGCAACAGCGGCGAUAGCAUGACACAUCCUCACCGCCGGGACAAUUCCUCACGGGAGUUGUUCCCCUGCGCAUACCACCUGCGACCGGGCUUCCGCGAUGAGAACGACCGAGCCUACUGCUUCUACCUAGAAGUGGUUUACUUCACAAUUGAGCUGUUUCAAAGCGCAAAAUUCUUUGGCAAUAUAACUUGGAAUACCGGGGAGAGCGAUGGACGGGAUUCAGAUGCCCGAACCGCUUUUAGUUCCCUGUUUAAGAUAUCUCUACGUAAUCCGGAUGUCACACCCGAAUAUCGUAAUGUUACUGAUGAAAUAAAGCGUCGAUCCGAAAAUAUAUUUGGCUACACAUUUGCCCUGGAAGAGGAAGUGAAUCCAUUUGCCAUGGCAAACUAUUAUGCCCUUGUCAUUUUCGCCCAGGUAGUAAACCAAACUAUAGCACUUGGGAGAAAUCCCCUUGACGGGGGCGCAUUGAACAGGCUCAUGUGGAACCGCACAUACACCAUCCUAGGCCAGGAUAUCAUCCUUAACGCUAACGGUGAUCGCGAAGCGGACUGGGCACUGAAUCAAAUGGAUGUCGAAACUGGAAAUUUUGUGCCGGUUAUGGAAUAUUCAGCCAAGCGUAAAGCUCUAGAAUCAUCUCGCAAUCCAGUGGACAACAGCAUCCGCAAAAUUGUGUGGUACAAGCGUGGCAGUCCGCCUCCUAACGAGCCAAAAUGUGGGUAUCGUGGAACUAGUCCAGACUGUCUGGCCAAAGGGCAAGGUACCCAAUAUUCAAAGAUAGGCGCUGCCGGCCGGAACCUGUUGGACAGUGUGAACGUGUUGUUAACGUGGUGAUAGCAUGCUUUUCACUAAUGACAUUCCUAUUUUUCUCGGAUCGGCAAACAAUUUCUUCAAGUUUCGUGACGCUUUCGUUGUAACGAAUCCAACGUUAAUGUUUAAUAUGAGCUGUAAAAGCGAUUCUGCCAUCGCCAGCAAAAUUUCUUAGAACCUGUGUGGAAAUUCGUGUGUUUUACAAAGAAUCGUUA